GGGGGGGGGAGCAAAUCUCGUAAUCCACAACAACACGAUAAGCUAGAGGAAGGCUAGCUCACAAUUAUCCACAACAAUAUAAUAAGCAUGAGAGGAAGGCUAGCUCACAAUCCACAACACGAUAAGCUAGAGGAAGGCUAGCUCAUAAUUAUCCACAACGAUAUAAUAAGCAUGAGAGGAAGGCUAGCUCACAAUCCACAACACGAUAAGCUAGAGGAAGGCUAGCUCAUAAUUAUCCACAACGAUAUAAUAAGCUAGAGAGGAAGGCUAGCUCGUAAUCCACGACAAUACGAUAAGCUAGAGGAAGGCCCCCUGUCUCAUAAAGUUGCGCCCCCUAACCGCAAUUCCUGGAUCCGCUCCUGAAUUCACUUUCAAGAUGAUAAAUGCCAGCUGAGUUUUCUCCGAAUAUAUACAGUACACGAGCUCUUUUUUUAUUUACACUGAAAAGAAAAAAAUUGAAACACGAUGAUGAUCCUGUCUUUGAACACGCAAACUGUUUUGGCGGGACUGGCUAUUGGCCUUCUGGUGUAUUACGUCAUCAAACGGAUGCGGUAUCGUCUGCCACCGGGACCAUGGUGCAUACCACUUGUUGGACAUUAUAAAGUGUACACCGCAGCCGAUAUACACAAGAAAUUCUAUGAGAUUUCAAAGGUCUAUGGUCCGGUGGUCCGACUGUCGUUUGGCCCUAUCCCAGUAAUUGUCCUUAACGAUAUUGAAGUGGUACUGGAAGCAAUGGUAAAGAAGAAGGCAGACUUCGCUGGACGACCAAAGAUCAAAUCAGGUGAGGUAUUUUCUGGUGGCAGCAAGGACAUAGCCCUGAGCAAUUACUCACCGACAUGGAAAUGUCACAGACGAGUAGCAGGCAAAGCUCUUAGAUAUUAUUUGCAAGGGGAUCUGCUUGAACAAAUGAUACAGGACAACAUGAAUAAAUUCCUGGAUGAAAUGGCACGAGAAAAAGACUCAUUCGCCUUCAAAGAUUAUGUAGAUUUGAUGGUGUUCCAUCAAUUAUAUACCAUUUGUUUUGGAGAAAAACGACCUGUUGAUGAUGAGGAGGUGAAAGCAAUACUACAGUUAGACACAGAACUGAACGAUUAUCUGGCUAAAGGAUUCCUGGAGGAUAUCAUCCCAUACAUGGAACGCAUCUAUCCUACACGUCAAUGGCAAAUGUUUGUCAAUAAGAUGAAACAAUUCUUUAAUUUCAUACGAGAAAAAUUCAUACAACACAAGGAUACGUUUGACACAGGAGUAAGGAGGGAUUUUAUCGACAGUAUGCUGAUCGCUAGACAGGAAGCAGAGAAUGAGGGGGAUGAGGCUGUCCUGGAGAAGUUGGACGAUGCAUACUUAAUUCACACAGUGGCGGACAUAUUUUUGGCCGGAGUGGACACAACCAGAUUCACAAUGGACUGGUUUGUAUAUUUCAUGACCAGAUUUCCAGACAUACAGUCCAAAUGUCAGGAAGAAAUUGACCGAGAAGUUGGUUCAGAGCGUCCGUCCAUGAAGCACCGAAACAAACUGCACUUCUUAGAAGCUUGUAUGUUCGAGACUAUGAGGCUUGGGGGUGUUGUGGGAAUUGGUGUUCCACACAUGAGUAUUUGUGAUUCACAAAUCGGUGGAUACGACAUUCCCAAAAGUACCAUGGUCAUCAUCAACCAUUGGGGGCUUCAUCACGACCCUAAGUAUUGGAAGGACCCGGAGACGUUUGACCCUUAUCGGUAUCUUGACGAAAAUGGCGAAAUGAAACCAGCAAAACCUGACAGCUGGCUUCCUUUUUCAGCAGGCCGGCGAGUUUGUUUGGGAGAAGCGGUAGCCAAACCGGAAAUUCUGUUAAUGUGCGCAAACUUGCUGCAACGAUUUGAUAUACGUCUACCAGAUGGCGUGAAACCAAACCUUGAGUAUCAUAUUUUGGGAUUUGGCGUAGAACUUCCGUCAGAGUACAAAAUCGUCGUACAGGAGCGAAUCGGAAAUUGAAGCAUUGUUCUUGUACACGCACGCACACAUUACUUAAACAAAAAUCACAUACUACACACUAUGAAGAAAUGACAAAUAUCAAUAAUUCACAAUAACAAAAAUGAUGCACUGAUAUAAAGAAUUGAGAAAAAGUGU